UUAUUUCAUUCACUAAUAUGCAUAUAGAAUAAAUGCAUGCAAGUGAUAUAUUAUUCUUAUAAUUUGUUACAAUGUUAUUUUGCAAUUUAAUGAAUUUAUUUUUAAUAGAAAUCCUGAUUUUAUAUACAAAAUCAAAUUGGAUUUUAAUUUUUAAUCUGUGCAAUUUUUAGCACAUAGACUUAUAUAUUUUUAUUACAAUUAUGUAUAUAUAUUACAUAUCAUAUCUUUUAUGUGCAAUUUUUAACACAUGGACUUAUAUAUUUUUAUUACAAUUAUGUAUAUAUAUAUGUGUGUGUGUGUGUGUAUAUCAUAUAAUCAUAUAUCAUAUAUCAUAUAAUUUUCACAUUAUUUUAAUAUACAUUUUAAUAUAUUAUUUUAAUAUAUCUAUAUUUUUAUUUUUAUUUUAAGAAAUAGUGAAAUUAAUCAGAUAGAGUCUUCUGUUAAGUUGUUUAUAUAAAUUUUGUAAAGUAAGUAUAGAUAAAAAGUAGAUAAAAAUAAUAAAGACAGAAUAAAAAUAGUAAAAAUUCGAUAUCAUUUUUAAAAUAAAAAAAACAAAUAGUAAAAGAAAGACAAAGAUAAAAUAAAAAUUGAUUAUUAAUUACAUUUUUUACGCAUGUAUAUGUAAUAUAUAAUUAGGAUAAAGUAAAAUAAGAAAAUCAUUAGAUAUUUUAUUUUUUAUUUUUGUAAAGAUUUUUUUGAAAGUUGAGAUGGCGCUGACAAUCAAUUCUUAUUCUAUCUCUAUUUUUUUUGCAAUUUGCUUUCCUUAUCUAAAUUUUUGUUUUAUCACGGCACUCUAAAAAUAAUGUUCAUUUUUUAAUCUAUUUUUAUCUAUCUCACACUAUUUGCUUUCCUUGUCCAUACUUUUUAUUGAACUUCAUAUUUGUUAUGAAAUAAAAUGAUUUAAAAAUAAUAAUGAAUGAAAAUAUAUGUUAUAAAAAAAUAUGCUAUUCUCAAAAUGAAAAAACAGCAAUUUUAAAAUUAGAUGUAUAUAUAAAAAAAUAUGAAAAAAAGUUCGGAAAAAUAACAUCUCAAAAAGCUUUGCCACCAAAACAAUUAAAAUUAUUAAAUCUUAUGCAUAAAUUAAUAAAAACUAUAGAAAAAGAAGAAAUCGACAAACAACAAGCAUUUCAAUUACUAAAGAUAUCUAAUGAUGCAAUAAAAACAACUAUUUCUACAUUUCAAGAUUCAAUGAAACGAUAUAAAGAAAGCGUAAGAACUGAAUUUGCAAAACUUGAUUGUUUAAGUACAAACCGACUUUUAAAUAUUAAUUAUAUACAUAUAUAACUUAUCAAUGUCAAAUUAAAUAUUAAAAUUAUAAAAAAAUAUAGAAUUAUUAUUAAAUUUAAAA